AGUGGGAAACUUGAACAUCUGUCACACAUUAACCGUUCGUGCGGAUUUGAAAGCCUACAAAUGUUUAUAUAUUUUACUUCUAAUGUUUGUAUGGUUCUUGUUGUUAUUACGAAGUGUUAAAAUUGUCAUAAAUGUCAAGUGAAGAACUGAUUUCAUUGUUACAAGAACAAAAAGCUUUAUUAAGUGAAGAUAAGAGAAAAUUGGGAUUGGGACUUGAACCGAUUGCCUUCAAUGAAAAACAUGAUCGUGCCGAAGAUGACGACGACGUGGUCGAGGGUGCAGAUCCAGGGCUCGAAACCGAAAGGAGCGAUGGGUAUUUGAAUGGUUCCACCAGCCGAUCAGACAGAGUAGACGGCGAGGGCAAGGAAAACUUCGACACCGGGAAUUUUCCGGAGGAAAAACAAGGCCAGAUCGGAGAGGAGAAGAAAUCGAAACACUGCCCAGUUGAAAAACUCGAUUUGAGUCAGUUGGAUUAUAAUGAGAAGAAGAAAAGGGACUACGCAGAUCAAGUAGCUAGUUUAGAGAGUCCAUUGAUGAGUAGAUCGGAUGACAAACGCAUCGCGAUGCUCCGUUACGGAGAGUACAGCCCCAAUAAUUUGAGAGUGCAGUCCCAACCAUUUCUUGGUAUUGGGGAGUAUGAGCAACAGCAGAUAUUGCUCAAGGAAAGAAGAAAGAGCGAAUACCCAAACGAUACUCCAUCGAAACUGAAGUCUAAGCAGAGAGGCGAACUUCUCAAAGAUAUUCGCAGGAGUAUCUUGCCAGAAAAAUACAGCCCCAAAUACUCAAAGAGCGUACAGACAGACAUUCAGAACAUUCAAUACCCCCUUAUUCAGUAUGAUCGUCAAAAUAGGAACGAGGCGCAAAAAGAACUAAGUCCGCAAAGGGUUGUAAACGAGAAUUGCUCGCCGAAUAAUCGAGAAUUAACGUCUUACAGAAGAACGGAGGAUCAGGACCUGACGACUGACGCUUGUAAUGGAUCACUGAAUCCAGUUAUGGACAAACCCAAGGGGAUCUUGACCAACAGGAAGACUGGGAGCCCCAGAGAUCGUUAUUUGAGCAGCAUGAAACACUCUUACACACCAAGUUUCAUGGACGGCUUCAGCCAUACAGAUCGAACCGAGGAGCUAGAAAGAGAAAGAAAGAAACGUGAGCUUUACAAUCAUGAGCUCAGGUUGCAAAUUGAAGAGAAUAGACGGUUACAAUUGAUGAAAGAUGAGCAGGAGAGAAGAGAGCAAGAACUUGAAAACAAGAGAUUGGAGCAGCAAUUGUUGAGGAUGCAGGAAGAAGCAUUGAGCGAUGAUCUUAGGUCAAGAGAUGAACCGGUAAGAAGGCACAGUGAUGAUUACGCCCGUAGGAGGAUGGACGUCGGACUCCGUUCUGGUUACAGAAAGCACACCGAUUCGGAAGGCAGCGGCCUUGGAUCUCGGAACGCUCUGUCGCACUAUUCACCCCCUGUUUCACGCCGCACCCCCUUUUCCCUAAACGUGCCUCAGAGCAGCUCCAGCUAUUCGGAUCCCCUCACCACCAGGUACAGUCCCCACUCCCCCCGUUACGACUUCGACUCGCGCUACCGUCGAGACACCCUGAAUCGGUUGGACUCGCUGAACGUCUAUAAUAGUUUAUACGAUACCGCUAGAUAUAAGAAAAACGCUUUCGCUCGUUUCGACUCGUUGAGUAGGAUAGAUUCGUUGGGCGCGCGCGGCGACCCCUUGAACAAAUUCGAAUCGCUUAAUCUGCAGGACGACUUCGGACGCACGCAGCGACGUCACAGCGCCACGCAGCAGGACCUGAGCCUGAUGAGGAGAAGUCCCAAGCUGCAGAGGCGGAGCAAUUCGAGCAGGUUCGACGAUCAGUUGCCGAUACCCGUGUUGAAAGCGCACUCACCAGUCGCUAGGGAACUGAAAAAUUCCGUCCCGUUCAAUUCGGGUAGGAAUUCUUCGGACGCAUGUCGGAAGCUAGAGGACAAGUGGCAGAUCCCUGCAGUACAAAAAAAUAUAGUUAAUCACAGUGGUUCCUUACGCGAUGGCCACAACCGAAGUAUUUUAACCCAGUUAGGUGCCAUAAGAAUGCAGUUACAACAGGAGCAGAUGAGGAUGGACGAAUCCUUACGUAAACGCGGCAUAACACAAUCAAAGGCUGUUGAUUUUAAUUAAGAAGUCACAUUUUACAUCGAGUUAAAUAAUAGUUAUUUUAUAUAUUGUUAGAGUUCAUCUUUAUAUUUAUAUAUUUAACUAUUGAGAAUAGAUAGAAAUGUUGACUAUGAAUUAAUUGCCUUAUUUAUUCCCUCUGUAUGUGAUAAACUUGUGAAACAAUAAUUAUGAAAUGUAAUAAAUUCAUUCUGAAUAAUAUGUCAUUUUUUGAAAUUACCGAUUGGAUAGAUUUAAUAAAGAAAUUGAUACAUGAAUGAGGCUUGGUAGAGUCUCAACUUUUA